CGGACGCUUCUGAUCUGCGCCGCUAAAAAUGGAAAAGAAAACCCGAAAUUUGACACUUGAAAGAGAAAACAACAAGAGCGUUUGGCUUGGCAUUUGUCAGAGGACGACGACGAAAAGGGGCAGCCUGGACCGAUGACGAUGGGAGAGGUCGUUGAGAACGGGACGCUUCCCCAUGGAGAAGCCGAAGCGGCUGCCGACAAGGAAUAUAGAAAGGCGUUUGCCGAACCCGAUGCGGCUCUGCAAAAGGGGCAAGAGGAGCGUGGCGAGGUCAAAGAGGUCGACACGCACGAGCUCCAAGAGCCGCUCUCGAGGCUCUCCGUCGUCGUCAGGCGCCAUCGACUGGGUGUGGACCCGUACACGGCGGCAAUCAGUGAAGAAGCCGACCUGGCGGACCACCACGUGUUGACGCUGAUGAGCAGGGCCACACGGCUUGGCGCCGCUACGAUCAACGCAGGCGCAAAGUCGCUCGGCAUCACCCAGCUCACCGACGAGGCAGACCGGAACAAAGUAAGGUCAGCGUAUCCCAAGGGUGACGGCUCGUCGAUCCGCACCAUCGCACAUGUUCCCCAGUGGGCCAAGCGGGUGGCCAAGCGGAGGGUGAGGGAGUCGACGAGCUACGUGCCGCUCCUCACCUUUCGCAACCCUUGGCCGAGCUUCAAGUCGCCCGGCCUGUUUGAGGCGUGGCACGGCGGCCUUCGGUGGGGCCUUCCGAGGGGCUACGAGGAAGGCAAUCACUCCAGCUAUCGAGGGCGGGGCAAGAGGACGGGCGCACUGCCGCGAGACGAUGACAUCGAGAACGUCAUCGUGGUCAAACCAGCCUUUGCUACGGCCGAAACGGGCCAAGAGGAUGACAGCAGUGGGGUCCAAGCGGAGGUUCAAAGUGACAGCGUGCGGGUCACCUGGCUUGGUCAUGCCACCACGCUGGUCCAGUUUCCAGGCCCAGGCGGGCUCAACGUCCUCUUUGAUCCCAUCUUUGUCUCGCGGGCCAGCCCCAGCCAGGCAGCCGGUCCCAUUCGAUACACCGAGCCACCGUGCUCGAUCGAUGAGCUGCCACGGAUCGACGUCGUCUGCAUUUCCCAUAACCACUACGAUCACCUGAGCGCAGACUGCAUGCGCCAGUUUCGAGAGCGCGAGAUGGAGCGCCAGUCGCACGCGCACCAGCAGCCACAAUCAUCACCACCAUCGACGCCGGGCGAGAGCGGCAGUGAAGAGGAGGACAAGCCUGAUGAGAAGGAAGGAGAGACGACUGACAGCGGAAGCGGGGACAGACGAGCCAAGUCCAAAGAUGCGGACAGCGGGGGCAGCAAGGAUAAAGAAAAGAAGAAGAAGAAGAAGAAGAAGUCCACCAAAGGCCUCAAGCGGGCGACAGGACUCAAGGUCCUCUGUGGCCUGGGAAAUGUGGGCUUCUUCAAGGACAUUGGCUUCCAAGAGGACGAGGUCAUCGAGUGCGACUGGUGGGACGAAGUCAGCUUCAGGCCUGCCGAGCACAAGGCCAUCAAAGCGACCCAUUCCUCCGCUUCGUCGCCUCCUCAGCCAUCACAAAGCCCACCGGCGCUUCGCAUCGUCUGCACCCCCGCCCAGCACGGGUCCGGACGCUCCGCCUCUGAUCAGAAUGUAACGCUAUGGGCCUCUUGGCUGCUCAUUCACGGAGAAUCCAGCACGGCGAGUGGCGGCGCAGAAGACGAAGCGAGCGGCUUCCGCGUCUUUUUCGCCGGCGACACUGGCCUGCGAGCCCACAACUCGUCGCGCAAGCGUCGCAGCCACUUUCCCGCCUGUCCCGCCUUUGAAGAGGUUGCCCGCAAGUACAGCGUGCCCCAGCUCCUCUUGCUUCCCAUCUCGGUCGGCAGCAGCCUGAGCUUCUUUAGGAGCUGGGAUCCCUUUCCUCGGCGCUUCAGUCCCUUUCCGAGAGUCGAGGCCGCCAUGACGAGCGCGAUUCACAUGGAUGCCGAGGAUGCAGCAGACUGUCACGUCAUCAUGAGUCUUGCCGAGCAAGCGAGCAAGAGCGUGAGCCCGGCUGAGGCGCGCGCAGAAGACGGCGAUGAAAAAGAGGAGCAGGAAAAGGCAAAGAUUGCGCAGGCCAAGAAAGCUCGGCGCGGCAUCGAAAAGAGGGGCAUCACUUCCCUCGCCGUUCAUUGUCAGUCUUGCCUCUCUCUUUUCUGCGAGGGUGUUCUUUACUUCUGAGGAGUACUUUGCUGACAGGAUGGCCAUCUGGAUCCGCAGAUGGGACGUUCGUGCGAAACGAGACACAGACGCACGAAGAUGUUCGAACGCUCCGACAUGCCUGCCAGGAGCGGGGCAUUGCUUUUUUGAGGUCCAAAGAUGGCCUGUACGACACCAAGGCUGGAGGUGACAAGGGCAGGUUCUUGGUCUCGAACCAAGGCGAGACUGUCGUUGUUCCUAUGCAGUAAAGAGGCGCCAAGGAGCUGGCCGAAGAGCUGGCCGAGGAGCCUCUUCUGCGCCAGGGCAAGAUCCGAAAUACUCCACACGAAGUAUCAACAUAGCAUACCUAGGUUCACUAAUCAAAUAGAUAGCAGUGAAUUUCUCUCUAUUAUUAUCAUCAUCAUCAUGUGUGGAACCACCCUGCUAAGG